AUGGAAAUAGUUUCGCUACGUCCUACGUGUUGUAAAAUUGCUUAUAUACAGUCACAUGAAAUAAAAUUUGGGGGCCGAGGUGCACUCCAAGGCGUCAUCUCGGGUUUGACCCAAGAUGAUAGUAUAUACGUUAUGUCAGCCACACCAGAAUACGAACCAGCGGCCCGGCAAGAUUACGGGCCGACCACCUCCAGUGAAAAUGUAUAUGAACAUGUAUUGGAUCACAAAUUAGCGAAUAUGAAUGUAUCUAGUGUGAGAACUCCUGUGUUGAGGGCCCUGCCCUUGUCUCCCACUGAAGGUGAUCCUGAACCUGAUUCUACAAACCCUGAAAGUAUCAUUCAAUCUGUGCACAAAGUAGACAAAGAAGUUGAAUAUCACAUUGCUGAGAAACACUGUGAUACUGACAUGUCUGUUGAUUCCCUCUGUGGUGGCAUUGUCAGGCUUGGAGAGGCCAUAGAUAAUGUCGGACGCCCAUCAUAUCCUAUACUACAAGAAACAGAAGAUUCAAACGACAAUUAUGUAGAAAAUCCCACAACCCUUAUACAAGCACCACUGAGUACUGCAAUUGUUCAAAAUGUUACUAAAUUGCCUCAGAACUUUACGAUAAACGUUGAUGCAGCUGUUGGAAACAUUACAUCUAUACAGAAUGUACAAGAUGUAUCCGGAAACCAAACCUUAUGGCUGCCUACAAUACUUGCCACCAGUGCUGCUACUAAUGACCCCAAUAAGAUAGAUGAUGAGAGAUCACAAGCUGGUGUGUCACAAAUCAUUAUCACUAGUGAGAGCUAUGUUAACGAUGCCAAUCAAGCAAGAAGAGCAAACAUUGUCGCUGAGACUAACUUUAUAAGCAGACCCAAGACUUCAAAAGUCCAAAUAUUAAGUAACAUAUCUAUUCCCAAGAACCCAAAUUAUAGCCAACAAUAUUUAACGGGAAAGGAAAUUGCGCCUGUAUAUGGAACUCAAAAUCAUGUUUACAAAUUGAGCAAUUCAGUUCUUUGCACUAAACCUCCGAAAAAUCAAUCACUGAUUGGAUGCUCUACUCUACCACCAAAUGUUGUGAACAAUAGCCCAAUUAAAAAUACGUCCUACAGUCACAAUUUUACCAAAAGCACAAACCUAAAUAAAACAUUGAAUAAGGUAAACAAUGGUGCUAAUCUUAAUACUAUGGUUGCUGCCUCAUCAGGUAACUCACAAUGUCAUAUAUUGUCUCGUGUGGUUUCUGGACCCAAUAAAAUGUCUGUACAUUCUGGAAGAAAAUCAGUAAACACUUUUAAGGGUUCAAAAAACUCUGGACAAGUUUCUAAUCAAAAGAACCAAUCAAGGCCAAUAAAAAUAAUACAACAGACUGGGUCAAUUAACAAAUCAGAGGCAAAAACUUGGCCAGUUGCCAGUGUCACAUACAAGAACCAGCAGCCAAGUUAUGGAGUAACAGAGUCAAAUACAUCGAAAGUCAUCCAAAAAGUAGGCAGUCCCACACAUAAGAGCCAACCUCUAUCUCUAUCAAAAUUUCCUCCAAAAACGGAACGUUUAGUGUUACAGUCGCCAUGUGGACCUGUUUUGAUUUCUACUGCUCCAAUAAGUACUAGUUUACCGAAGGGUCCUCAUUAUGUGCAGUCAGGAUCUACACCUAAUUUGCGAUAUGUUCAAACAUAUGGAACUGCAGACAAUCCAAUAUCAACAGUAUCACAAGUUACUAACCAACAGUUGACUGCCCAGAUAUUGCAGUCAUUAUCACAACCCAAACUUAUGCUGCAACCCAAUCCCACAUCAAUCAAUCAUAAUCUUACUCCUUUACCGCCUACACCUGAAGAACCAGUAGAAGUUAAACCAGCAAAUCAAAAAAGAAUUGUUGUUGGCGAUAAAACAACAUUACUCACAGAAGACGACAUUAUCGGCAUGGAAGAAAGACCAAACCUUUCAGAAGAGCUAAGAAGAUAUUCUUUCCAGCCCUUAGCCUUUGUGAUGUUGGAUCACACGUACGCUCAGCCCGCGCAAAAGCAGCCUUCAGCCACUCCGCCUACGACGCCGGUAUCCACUGGCCCGCCUCCCACCAUAAUUUCACCCACAUUAACUACAUCUCCUAUGAGUCCCUUAAAACGUAAUUCACCCGUAAUCAUGUCCACAGCGUCUUAUGAAAUGCCUUUAGCAGUGCCUACUAGUGUUAUUGGAACACCUGUACCAGUUUCUUCUAUACAAAUGGCACCGGUUACAUAUAAACCCCCACCACCUCCACCGCCAGACGACGAUGCUGCUUCAGUUAUUUCAUCGAUUGACGGAGAUCGCAAAGCCAACAGGGGAGGUAGCGAUACUGAAACCGCACCUGAAGGCGAGGAAGAAGGCAAGACGAGAUGCAUUUGUGACUUCACUCACGACGACGGUUACAUGAUCUGUUGCGACCGUUGCGGUGAGUGGCAGCAUGUCGACUGUAUGGGCAUUGAUAGGCAGAAUAUACCAGACGCAUAUAUGUGCGAGCUCUGCCAUCCGCGAUCUAUAGACCGACGACACGCCCGAGCCAUACAGUUGAGGAAGAGAGAAGAACUCAGCGCCCUUGGUGCGUCAGAUACGGACUCGUCUGAAAGCAGCCGUCCUCCAGGACAGAGAAGAAAGCGAUUGCUGACUGUAACCACGUAUACCAAUACAAGUGGUUCAUGUGUCACCACAUACAACUCUACUAUACCAGUGCUUCCACCAAUUCCACAACCAUCGACACUGACUUUACCUAAGCGAGGACCUAAGAGGCCGAAGAAAACGGAAGUUGUGCGAAAAGGCACGAAAAGAAAACUAUCGGAAAAACGUGUAAAACGCAAAAAAGAAAUGAUGCUUAACAGAAGUAAAUACAGUUCAACCAUGUCGAAUCAGUCACACUUCCAAGACUCUUAUGAACUUGCUGUGACGAACCAUUACAGUCCAGAGUUGAGGGCUAAGAUUAUGAAGUAUAGCAAUAAACUUGGUAAUACUCCUAACAUGGCGUAUGCUAUGAACGCGCAUUUAUGUACCACUGUGCCCCACGCAGGUGGAAAGAUUCUGAUUGCUACUAAGGACUUGAAAGAAAAUACUCCAGUAAUAGAGUUACGAGGCAAAUAUAUGUUAUCAAACCAGCAUAGACCACAACUACAAAAUACUGCUAGAGCAGGUAGCCAGAAACCGGGACCUUUUGUCUUCUUCUACAGAUUACCUAAAGACAACACGCAAAUAUGCAUAGAUACUAGAACAUACGGGAAUGAAGCAAGAUUUGUACGUAGAUCUUGUAAACCAAAUGCCGAGUUACAACACUGUAUAGUUAAAGGCACAUUACAUGUUUAUUUAGUUAGUAUUGGAGUAAUCCAGUCUAACACUGAAAUAACUGUUGGACAUGAUGCGGAUGGCAGCAAACAGCCAUGUGCUUGCGGAAAUCCGAAACAUUGCAAAGUGAACGGUCUCAACACAUUAGCGUCCCGAAAGAGUGUGGACUAUCCGCCUAGAGAGAAAAGAAGCAGAAACAGAUGCUUCAGUUCUUCGUCACCAGUAUCUCCACCGCUCCCUCCUGCCGCCACUACUCCAGUUAAGGAAUAUGUACAACAAAUAUCUGCGAUGAAAUCCGAAAAGAAAUCUCCACAGCAAAUUAAACAUGAAUACCCUCCACUAUCACCUGUGAAGACAGCAGUGAUGGCAUUGAACUUUGAUGAACCGCCUAAACCUGAGCCGAUAGAAGAUAUUAAAACUGAAAUAGAUCUGAUAGCCAAAGAGGAGAUGAAGCCUGAAGAAGAUGAACGUGACUACUGUUGUAAGCCGGAAACUGUUGAAACUAAAUUUGAAGAAAUAAAACACGAGUUAAUCCCACUUCCACUUGAUGAAGAACCUAGACCAAUGAUCAUUUCUAAAGCGGAAGUAAAGGAGGUGAAGGAAUUUAAGAUAGAGAAGGAACCCGUGUAUUCUGAUGAAGAAAAACCAGAAAAAGUAGAAGAAAAGAAACCUAAAGAAGAAAUAAAAAUGGAAGAAGAUAGACCAGUGACUAGAGAAUUUAUGGCUAAGUCAGCAUGCCAUGACAGAUCAUCAAGGUCCAGUCGGACGACUUGCGUGAAUCAAGACUCUCUGGAUGAUAAAACUGAUGAUUCUCAAGAUAAAAUACAGACUAAUAACAAAGAGAAAGAAAAGAGAAAGAUGGUGAGUUCGAAAAACUCAAGUGAAACUCAGCCUCCAAGCCUUGGGACGAGACAAAAUUCUAAACCUGUAUCUAAAUUACAGACGCGCGAGGAACGUAAGAUGGAAGCUAUAAUGAAGGCGUUUGAACGCAUGGAAAAAGCUGAACAGCGCAAACAGGAAGUGAAAGAAAGGCAGAAGAGGCGAGAGUCUGAUCCACAUCCCAAUGCUAAUGAUAAGGAUGAAGAUGAUGAAGUUCACAACACUACUAAAAAGAGGAAAAAGCGCAAGGGUCGUGCUCGUACAACGUCGCAGUCGAACCGGCGGCGUCUGAACUCUGCUGACAGCGACAUGGUGACGUCGGGCGACGAGGCUCAGCCACCGCCGCUCACUCCGCCUCGGCCGGGCCCGCCGCGCCGCGACAGUGCGAUUCCUCCACCCAACGUCGACCACGACCGCACUACUGAUGGGCCACAUGAAGAACUCGGCUUGAGCUCUGCAUGCUUAUUAGUUGAAGCAGCUGUUGGUUCUGUUGAAUCCGCCUUUAAAUUACCAAAAACUAAGAAAACAAUGGCGACUGAAUGGAUAGGAAGGUCGCCUGAACGUACACCAUCACCUUAUAGGUCUCCUUACAGACCCGCCUUGGUCGCCGCACCGUCAUUAGAAAGUCUGGUUAGAGUCGCAUCGACUAUGAUUGGGGAUCUAAGUGGAGGGAAUGACUUGGAACCUGAAGAAGACAGUAGAGCUUCGCCCCCUAGAACACCCGGGAGGGAUCGAAAUAAACCUCCGAAGAAAGCCAAGCGAAUAACGAGAAGUACGCCGCCUGCCGAGGUGGCCGAGGUAGUGCCGCCAGUGAUACAACAACACAGCGCCAAGAAGCGGUGGCUGCGGCAGGCCAUCAGCGAGGAGAGCGACUCGCCUGUUGCAGACGUGUUUGUUUCAGAAUCACCACCCAACGAAAUGGUAACGCCAUUGAAGAAACGACGACUAGCAAGAGAGUCUCUUUCAUGUGAACAGAACAAUAUUGUGCCUUGUAAUGAAGAAACCUCGCCUAUUUUAACGUCAGAAGACUCUCCGGUCAAAGAUGACGUGCAACCAUUGACGAGGCAAUUUAAAGUCAGAAAUAUUAUGUAUGAUAGUUUAUAUAGUAGAGAUAGAACUCGUUCGGACAGCGGACAGGGCUCUGAUGACCAAUGCACCAUAGAUAAUGACAUGUUGAACAUGAAUAUAAAAGGUCCACAUGACAGUGAGAACAUUAGGAGAAUUAUUGGAGUUCCAACACCUGAAGAUGAACUCCCACCUGAAAUACCUAAACCUGAUGAUAUAAAAGCUAACAACAAUAAUGUUGAAAUGGAUGAAAGUAAUUAUAAUAAAGUAGUGCCAAUGGAAAUAGAUACAACAAUACCUGCACAGCCAAAAAUACAAGAGUCUAUCGAUCUUAGUAUAGACGUGAAGGGAAUCGAGAGCCCAAAUGAUAAACUAAAUAGCUGCCAGUCUGCAGACACGAGUGGAAACUCGUCACCACAACGCGACGAGAUGGAUGAUAUACAGAAGAAAAUACAUUCAUUCCACACAGAGAACAUACAAAUAUUAAAGAGUAGAAAUAAGAAACCCAAGGAAAAGCGAAAGAAAGUGAACCUAAACUUCGACCUCAACAUGGUGGAUGAUCAGAUUAGCGUGCAGCUCAGAACGGAGAAUGACACGUCGUCUAAAUCAAUAGAAAUUAAUGGAGACAUUCACGAUGACAUGAGCAAUUCAGUUCAUGAUGACGUCAAAGUUCAUGUUUCGCCAGAGAACAUACCUCUGCCGCCUGUAGAGUCAAUACCUCUACCUGCACCUGAGAACAUACCGCUGCCCGAAGAACCAAGUCCGAUGCCUGUAAUACCGCCUCCGGAAACUAUACCGCUACCAGAGGAACCCAUGAAACCUGUGAAAUCAAUUCGUCCAGCAUCACCUGUUGUAGAAAAGCUUGACAAAAUUGAGAAACCCUUCUCAAUCGACAGGCCGUCCGUGUUAGAGAAUUCAACGCUACCUUUCUCGUCGCGGUUUAGUUCAACAGGACUAUUCUCCGGUAUAUUCAGCAAUAUGUCUCAGUCGUUCAACAUGGACAGUUCAAUAAAUGAGAACGUACCGAACAUGUCUAUUAUAAAGAGUGCAAUAGAUAGGACUACAAGUUUAGAUAGUAGUUUAUUUGACAAGGACAGUAUUACGCCAGCAGACGAUCUGAAGAGCGUCCAGGAGAUAUUAACGCGAGUGAAUAAUAUGGACUCAAAUAACAGUGUAAUAUUAUCAGGGGUGCUCAACAGUUCAAAUAAAGCGAGUUUGUUAGCUCCAUCCCCCAAACCACUCGCAAAGCCUUAUUGCCCGCGAACCAACGACCCCAGACUGAACCCUCCGCCUGUAGAAAAACCUAAACCAGUAAGAAGGAAGCUCUCUAUAACGGAGUACCGUAAGCGGCACAAAGGCGGGUGUACGGAGGAGGGCGGCGGCGGGUCCUCAAGUGAAGCCGGUGAGACGGGGGAGGCGGGCUCCGGCGGGGAGGCGGCCCCCGAGUGGUCGAGCGAGUCCUCGGGCGCCGCCUCGCUGUCGCCGCAGCGCCUCGACCAGGCGGCGCAGGCCGCCGCCGACGACCUCGAGCAGCGACUGCACCGGGAACUGGCCGCCUCCCACUUGCCUAAAGGUGUGUUUGAUGCUCAGCCGACAGCUACGGAGCGCCAAAGGGAAAACCUAAGCUUGCGAUUACGACGGGAGUUUGGUCUUGCCUUACCUGAUGACGAAGAGACGAGACCACCUACCGAAAACACCGGUAUGGCCUCUUGGAGACAUAACAACCUUAUGGGACAUGGUGCUGACAGUUUGGGGCUUUGCACUGAUAUACCUGAUACCAAGCCGGGGCGGUACGAUACAGCGAAAAAUAGGGGGACCCCACGACUCACUCCUCCAACAUCUAACUGUCAAGAGGACCAAUGGAAUAGCAAUAUGUAUAGCACAGCUUAUGGGUACAAAACUGGAGUGAAGGGGUUAAAGUGGGGAAGGAGAGGAUAG